CAUGAGUGCAAGAGGCAGCCACGGCGGCGGUAAAGAGCAAGGGGACGAGCGCCGCCCGGCGCAAGAAGCGGGCGAGGCCACCAUGAAGACAACAGACCACGAUGAGCAACUGUCCGCCGCACAAAAGAGCAGCAAGAUAGAGACCGAAAACUUCAGGGCGGCAGAAAUCCGCUUCCUGCAGGAGCAAAACAAGCAGGUGAGGGCUGCUUUUAAAGGAAAAACCACGGGACAGAGAAGCCCCACGUGUGUGUGCGGUGUGUGUGUGUCAGGUGUUGUCCGCCUUGGAGCGGGCCGAGGAGGAGCGUGAGGAUGCCCUUGUGACGGUCAAGGAGUGGGAGGGGCGGGCGCUGGAGAUGCAGAGCGACAUGGAGGCACUGCAGAAGAAAAUGGAGGUAGGGAGAGACGUGCGUGUGGGUGCAUAUGGAUGGAUGGAUGGAUGUGUUGCUUGUGUUUGAAGGCGAUUGAGCGCCAGUCGAAUCAGAGCAUCACAGAUGUGGCGACCAAGGAGGAGCACAUCAAAGUCCUCUCUGAGCAGGCAUGCAGUGCAGCAGUGAAGAGACAGACAGACAGACCAGAUGGGAUCAUGCCGCAUCCCUUCUCUCCUUUGGUUGUGUCAGAAUCGUCAGCUCCUGCAGCUGCUAGAGCAAGAGGAGGGCAGGCACCGAGAGAAGGCUGUCAUGGCCGAAAAGCUCACGGUCGGUCUGUGGGCCAACCAGUGUUGGCUCACCAAACUGAUCUCUUUUCAUAUCUUUCGCUUUCUGUUGUCUGUCAGAUCGACAACGAGCGGAUGACAGUGCAGCUGCAGGAGCUGCAGAAGCGACAGGAGUCAGGCGAUGAGGCACUGGGCAAAUGGUGAGGCACAUGCACACAUAGACAGCCCCACUUAGGCGUCUGUGUUGGGUGCAGGCAGGAGGAAGUGGAUCGUCUGUCGACGGGCAUGAGGACCGCUCAGGCAGAGGCGGACCACCUGCGGGCCGCACUCACAGCCCUCGAGGCACAAAGCAAAGUCGACCUGGAAGGUCGGGGUCAGGGAGUCAGGGAGUGAGUGGGCCACACGACACACACAUCCAUCUAUCUUUGGUACUGUUGGUUGGCUGCAGCGAUGGAGCAGGCCCUGUCAGUGGCCAAGAAGAAGAACGUGCAGUACCUGCAGCAGGUCCAGUCACACGAGGUGGCACAACGACGACUCCAAACAGACCUAAACCGACUGCUCGUAAGCCAACAUUCCUCCCAACGGCACACCCUCUACACACAACACGAUGCAACUGCAGGAGGAGAAGCUGCGGAUCGAGCGUGAGAAGAAGGAGCUCUUCGACCAGCUGCAGGCGGCCACUGCCGGCAGAGAGCAGGAUGGCAGGCGCGCCACCAGCCGAGGGGGCAAGAGCGGCGAGGGCGAUGGCGGCGCCCGUCUUCAGCAGCAGGUGGACAUGCUCAAGAAGGCACUGCACAACGUUGAGAGGGCCAACGAGAAGCUGCAGGAGGAAAACAAAUCGGCGGCAGAGAAACACCGCGAAAUGACCGAUAAGGUGAGAUGAGAGGCAUCCACAUCCUCGUGUGUGUGUGCAUGUCUCGUCAUUGGCCUUGGUGUGUGCAGGUGUAUUCGUUGAUGGACAGCCUGCGGCUGAAUCAGCUGGAGCACAAGAAAGUGGAAGCCGACAACAACAACAAGACCAAAAAGGUCCUUUAAGCUCGCCGUGUAUGCAUCAAUGACAUAAUGUCUCUCUCUCCCGCUGCCUCCCUCCCUCCCAGGUGCUGUCAGUCGAGAAGCAGCUGCAGGGCGUGCAAAGCCGACUCAACGCCGAAAUCGAUGCGAAACAAGUCAGCAGGGCAGCCAUCGAUAGGCCACACCUGUGUCUCUGUGUCUGUCCUUUCUGUCAGGCUGCCGAGCAGUCAGCCCGAGAAGCCAUCCAGGAGAAGAACCUCACGGACAAGCGGAUGAAGCAGAUCGAAGAGGUACCACCUGACGUCUCACGUGUAGAUGUUCGUGUGCAUAUGUCGCUCUUCUUGCCGGGCAGGAGAGUGCAGCGUGCCGUAAGGAGCUGCAGGGUGUCGAGCAGAAGCUGCAAGAGCUGAUCGAGCGCAACAGGGCGCUCGACUCACAGGUAGGUGUGCGGUGGGUGAAUGGGGCAGACAUCGGUGUGACCCACGGUCGGUUCGUGCAGGUCCAUUAUUUGUCGGCUCGUGUCGAGGGUCAGGAAGAGGACAAAGCGCAGCUCAGAGUCGAGAGCCGAAAGUACACACACACACGCACACCCAGGACAGCAGUUUACUGGCAUGUCUUGGCUGGUUUAGACUGGAGGCCUCGAUGAAGGAGAUGGGGAAGGAGCGCACGUCAUACCAGGACCGGAUCGGUGUCCUGGAAGAGAGGCUGCACCAGACCGCUGUCGAGAAGGUGAGCUCCAGACGCAGCGACUCGCUCGACAGAGACACAGAUGCAUGGGUGCAUUUGUUCUGUGUCUGUGUGUCAGGACCAGCUUCGCUCUGAGCUGGACUACAUCAAGCGGGAGGACUUCCUCGACGAAACAGGUCCGUCGACGGGAUUUCUGAGCGCCUCUGUCGAUUCAUGUGUGUGUGUGUGUGUGUGUUUGUCUGUCUGUCUGUCUGCAGGUCGCACGCGGCCUCUGUUGAUUCACAGCACGGAGUCCACACUCGUCGACAGACUCAAGCUCAACGAAUUCCUCUACAGAGUGGGCAGGGCAGGCACGUCACACACACAAGGUGCAGUGCAGUGGAUGCCGUGUCUCUCACAGGCCCAGCAAGGUCCCAAUCCAGUGCCCGUGUUGGUCGAGAAGAUCGCCCAGCUGCUGGAGAUGCUCCACGUCGCACAGACACAGGCCGACCAGUAUCUGACGGACCUGGCCCGCGCCAACCAGACGGCGGCUGCGAUGCGUCAGAAGAACCUGGUGCUGUAUGAGAAGUACCAGUGGCUGGAGGACUUCCGCACCAAGGUGGUCUCGCAGGUCAUCGCCAACAUACUCGACUCGACCGACGGAUCGCACGUCAACCUCGCCGGGCUGCAGCUCGAUGAAAAGAUGCUCGGUGAGGCGACCGAUCGGCGUGUGUGGAUUAUGGGGCGUUGUGUGGAUCUGUGUGUGUGUGUGUGUGGUCGUGACAGAGACGUUGCUUGAGUUGUCUGACCGAGAGAGGGUGAGCGAGGUUGCCGACCGGCUGCAGAAGCUGAACCUCUCACGGAACGGACUCCUGGACCAACACAUACCCCCCAUCAUCCAGGUAGGUGGACACCCGCUAAUGCAAUGCACCUAUGCCACACCCUUUUCCCUCCACGGCUUUGUCGCGGUGCAGCUGUUGAUGCGUUUCCCGUACCUCCGCCGGCUGGACCUUAGCGGCAACUGCCUGUCGUACGAGGGCAUCAAGCGCCUCGAGGAUGCUGUGGGGGCCAUCAGCGGAAUCACCCUCACACAACGAAUCGCCAACCCCCUGGUGCGGACAGACGAAUCGGCAAGACACAGAAGGACGCAAUGAGACGCUCGUGUGCAUGCGCGUAUGAUCGUGCAGCGCAUCGAGGCUCACAGCGGCCACCAGUUGCGGCUGUGUAUCCUCACCGAAGGGCAGGAGGCGCCCCCUCCCCAAUCGCAAAUCCCUCUCGACGACGUGGUCAGCCCCCACUACUGACCUCUCCUUCACUCACAUGUGCAGCACCCAUCCGUGUCUCUGUUUGCCCUCGCUAGACAUCCCCUGACGGUGUGCCCAUGGCCUCUCCUGCCGUCGAGGACAAGGAUAUGGGCCCUGAGCUCAGCAGCUCCUCCAUCAUGUUGCCCAGCACAGACGACCCCACCACUGGCAAACCUCGCCCGCCCCACCACACCACCGUCAAGCUCGCUCGCAGCCAGACACGGCGAAUUACACAGGCAGGAGCCGACAAGGCGCCCUUUCAGCGCUCAUCGACGUACCACCACCAGGCCGGCGCCGCACCCCAGGCGGCAGCACCAGCGAGAGGCUCUGCGGUGUCUCUGCCAAAAGUGACGUCUCUCAAGCCACAUGGCCCGCUGAGACACGGGAAAUCUAUCGAUAUGGGCAAGCAGAGGAGUGGAGACGACGUUGGCCCCACCACCAAGGGCGACAAAGGUGACCAUGCGUUGCCGAAGCUGAUGAGCGCCUCCGGUGGUGGUGGUGGUGGUGGUGGUGGCGGCACGCUGAUGCAGUCGAGCGGGUGGGGUGGGGGACCCCCGCCGCCUUCGAGGAGUAAGGUGAACCGGCCCGUGCCACUCGCACAGGCGGUCAAGGGUAGGUCAUUCGACAUGUCUGCGGGGCCUGCCCCGUCCACACCCGGUAAGAGAGUCACUUGAAGAAGACAAGAUUGAGCCAUGGAUGUGAUGUCUCCCUACCUGUCUGCUUGCGCUCGCAUCCAUCGCUCUCAUGCAGAUGUUGGCAGUGUGGCACGAACGAAGUCGUUUGCUCACCCGAAGGACGAGACGGCGUCCUCUCAUUCUCAGGUGGGGAGAAAGAGCCCCUACAUCACGUCGCAGAUGUCAUCCAUCGGUGCGGCGGCCAAGAAGUCCUCAUCGCACAAGAAGCGGGAGGCAGCCAAGCCGCCGACUCCCCCGCCCUCCCACGCUCCCCCGCCGAGGCCACACCCAUAGACACACCCACAGCCACACCCACCGUCGCCCGGAGCGCUGGAGGAGGAUCUCAUGUCUCCCUCUUCGUCUAUGCCCCAGCUGCCCUCCAAGACUGUCAUGAUCCCCAUCGACAGCCCAACUUAGUGCGUGAGGGUUGCUAUCUGUCUAUCUAUCGCAUAUCUGUUGCUGGCUUCUUGCUGCUGCUCUUGCCGCUGCUGGCGUUUUGUGAAGGGGUGUCUGUGGUCCGUGAGUGAGUGGGUGAGUACACGAGAGCGUCACCGUUUUGUGCGUCAGACAAUGUCGCUGUGCACGCAAUGAUAUAAC